AUGGCGCAGGCGCAGACAACGGAGCUGAAGCAGAGUCACACAUGUGUGGAGGUCGAUGAUGAGGUGGUGGAGAUGGAGAUUGUCCAAGACGACGAGGAAGACAAUGCUCCCACUUCCGGGAGCGUAUUCGACAGGGUGCCCCCUGAAAUCAUUAUCCACAUCGCCGAGGUGUCCACCUGGAAUGAGCAGCCCUCUGACUGGCAGCACCCGGCCGGCUACGCACGACAUCAUGCAACGCUAGCCCGCGUGAACACUCGUUUCCACCAACUGCUUGAACCGGAGCUGUACAAGCGCAAUAGGAAGUAUGACGGGCCCAUCCAAUCAUGUGUUAGAUGGGCUGCCGAAUUUGGCAACCUCGCGACGAUGGAGAAAGCCUGGCAAUACGGCUGCGACAUCGACCAACAGAAUGAGAGGGCCAACGAUGCCAUGGAAGUCAACGCCCUCCACUGCGCCCUCCACAAUGGACACAGCCAUGUGGUCUCAUUCCUCCUGGAGCACGGAGCCAACGUUCAUGGACCCUCCAGUCCUACGCUCUGUGUAAAGUGUGACGUAGACUGGAAGUUGUAUCAUCACAUGUCUACAGACACUCUGGAGCCAGUCUACCCGCUGCAUACGGCCCUUGUCCACGGCAAGCGUCAAGAUGCCCGCUGCCUUGUGGAGCACGGAGCAUACCUGGUUGCUAAAAAUGUAUCGGCCAUAUUCGGUCUCUUCAGAAGCGGCCACAUCGACCUCGUCCGGCAGUACCUGCUGGACAGGACUGACCCGGUGUCGCAAGAUGCCCAGCUCCUCUUUGCUGCGGCGACCAAGGAUCUGCCACUUUUGAUCCGCCUUCUCGACAGGCCCGGCGUCAGUCUUGCCAGGGCCACCAAUACGGCCCAAGAGAAGGCCCUCCACCUGGCUGUCGGCUCGCCCGGACCCCAUAGAGCCAGUGUUGAGGAAGCGGUAGACACUGUAGAGUUUCUCUGCCAGCACCCGGACAUUAAUGUGUCUGCCGUAGACGGCUUUGGGCGCACAGCCUUUCUGCAAGCUGUUCAAUAUGGCGUGGUGCCCGUGGUCGAAAUGCUACUCCGCCACCCCGCCAUCGAUGGCCAUGAGCUGGACUACUACGGUCUAAAUUGUCUACACUUGGCUGCCGGUACUGGCAACCUAGGAAUGGUCAAGUUGCUUGUAGAGCAAGCCGACGUAGACAUCAAAGCCAUUGGUAUCGGCGAUGAGUCGGUUCUCCACCUAGCCUGCCAGAGACCAGGGCGCAAAGACUCCGCCGAGGUGCUUCGGUACCUGAUCUCUGUCGGAGCGCCGCUCUACCCCGACGGGAUCGAGAAGCCUGAUCUGUUGCUUCGUUGUCUCCAGAUGAUGAACUUGGAGCAAGCUAUUGUCCUCUUGCAGGCUGGCGUGACGAUUACGGCCGAGAUUCUUAACAACACAAUCAUCUGCGACUCUAAGGGCUUCACGCUGCUCCAGGGCAUACUGGGGGCAAAACGCCCAGGUCAAGUUGAGUUGUUGUCAUAUCUCAUCGACAUCGGCAUUGACGUUAAUGCACGCGGGGUCGGUCUUGACAACCCUUACAACAUCGACCAUCCCAGGUUCGAUGACUUGCCCCUAGUUUAUGCCGCCGUGGGCGCCCAAAGCAUCGAUUGCAUGAGACUGCUCAUAUCGGCGGGUGCCAAGGCGACAAUGGCUCCCGACCCGAUAAUGCUAUGGAGGUACUGCUGCAUGAGGUGGAAGACCAAGGUCGUGACCAAUAAAUCUGUCGCGCGCCAGGCCGAAAUCCUCACCACGCUCGUCCAGAUGGGCUACCCCAUCGGCCAAUGCGACCCGUCUGCACUUGGCUAUGCCUGCCAUGCGGCCAUCUACGGAUCCCGUAAGCUUCUUGAACUCCUCCUGGAGCUAGCCGAGCCUAAAGCAAUCCACCCGAACUACUUAUGCGAUCUCGUCUCCAAGUACACUCAUUUCACGGGUCCCAACGAAGCCAAAGCGCAGAAGGUAGCCACCACACUGCGCGCUGCCUAUCAGCGGCUCUUCGGGUAUGCACCUCACCACGGCGCAGUCACCGCGGAGCUUGAGCUAGAUGGCACCCCAGAGGAGCAAUCUGAGGUCAUUGCCGGUGCCGUCACUCUCUGUGGCCUAGGUGCUAGUAUCUGA